AUGGAUGAUGGAAAUAUGGGGGCAAUGGCAAUUAAGUUGGAUAUGGCAAAGGCCUAUGAUAGGGUGGAAUGGUGCUUUUUGGAGGCAAUGAUGCUAAGGUUGGGGUUUCAUCGCUUAUGGGUGCAACGUAUUAUGGAUUGCUUGGUAACGGUUUCCUUUUCGGUGCUAUGGAAAGGGAAUCCUCUGGGGUACUUUGUUCCAUCCUGUGGAAUCAGGCAGGGCUGUCCUUUGUCACCAUACUUGUUUCUUUUUGUGGCAGAAGGCUUCUCAAGGCUGCUCCAACAGGCAAAGGCUACAAGACAGAUCUAUGGUGUUCGAAUUUCAAGGUCCCCACCCUCAAUAUCUCAUUUAUUCCAUGCAGAUGAUAGUUUUCUAUUUUUGGAAGCAAAUCAGGCCACCCCACAGGUCAUAAAAGAUAUUCUAUGCAUAUAUGAAAAAGUCUCAGGGCAACAGAUAAAUUUUCAAAAAUCAGCUUUGUCUUUCAGCCCAUAUGUGAGGGAAGAAUAUCAGGAGUUUCUAAGUGGUUUUCUAGGAGUUCCGGUAGUAGCCUGUCAUGAGAAAUAUGAUGGGAUUCAUUGGCUACGAUGGGAUUCUUUAUGCAGAAACAAGUUGAAAGGUGGGCUAGGCUUUCGAGAUUUUGUUGAUUUUAAUCAAGCACUCUUGGCCAAACAAUGUUGGAGAUUGUUCUCUCUUCCUGAUUUGUUGGUUACGAAGGUGUAUAAAGGGCACUACUAUCCCUCUUCCUCUCUUCUAUCUGCAUCUGUUGGGAGAUCAACCUCACUGAUUUGGAGAUCCCUCCUUUGGGGUAGGGAAUUAUUUGCUUCUGGUCUACGAUGGAGGGUGGGUGAUGGUUGGUUGAUUUUCAUCUUUCGUGAUGCUUGGAUUCCUAUUCCAUACACAUUUCGCAUUUACUCCCCACCAAAUUUGCUCUUCAAUUCUCUUGUUUCUGAGUUGAUUAUCGUGGAUGGUUAUUGGAACAUUGAAUUAAUACAUCAUAGCUUUUGGGCAAGAGAGGUUGAAGCAAUUCUCUCCAUUCCUCUGCUGAUAGCUCCUACUCCAGAUAGAUUGUGUUGGCAUUACAUAAGAAAUGGAUUAUAUACGUUCAAGAGUGGUUAUCAAUUGGCACAAAAUUGCAGAUUUCGAAAUGAGGGGGGCGAAGGCAGUUCUAACUCACAAGAAGACCCGGUUUGGAAGUAUGUGUGGAAUCUGAACGCUCCAGCUGCUACAAAGGUCUUUUUUUGGCGUGCAAUCCAUGACAUCCUGCCUUGUGCUUUUAAUUUAUAUCGACGACAUCUGUUGUUUUCUCCGGUCUGUUCCCGUGGUAAAAUGGGCUAUGAAACUAUGGUCCUGCUCUAA